AGCGAGGCAGUUUACAGGAAGCGGCAUACUCUCUGCCUUUACCAAUUCAUCCUUCCCACGACUCAUCACCACUCAGCGAUAGCCAUGGCGAUGGAGAGAACAAGCUCCCCCGGGCUGGCGAGGACGAUUUCGGACCAGCUGCUGGAGACGGUGGCGGCGGCCUUCAAGUCGGGGACCCCCUCGGGCGAGGCCGCUGGGGGGCAGCAGCCUUCCGGCGGGGCGUCGUCGUCGGAGACAGGAGGGACGCUGUCGAGGAAGUCCAGCCGGAGGCUGAUCCUGGCGUCGCCGGGGCGGGGGAGCACGAGCCGGAACGCGCACAUCCGCAAGUCCCGGAGCGCGCAGCUCAACAAGGUCGAGCUCGACGAGGUCAGCAGCGGCGCGGCGCUGAGCCGGGCCUCCAGCGCCAGCCUCGGCUUCUCCUUCUCCUUCACUGGCUUCAGCAUGCCCCCCGAGGACAUCGCCGACUCCAAGCCCUUCAGCGACGACGACGACAUACCUGAGGAUCUGGAAGCCGGGACGCAGAGACCAAAGUUCCAGGCUGAGCCAACGCUGCCCAUCUAUCUCAAGUUCACGGACGUGACAUACAAGGUAAUCCUCAAAGGAAUGAAGGCGAAGCAAGAGAAGGACAUACUGCACGGGAUCACAGGAUCGGUGAAUCCGGGAGAAGUUCUCGCGCUGAUGGGGCCUUCAGGAAGUGGGAAAACCACGCUGCUGAAUCUUCUAGGUGGCCGGAUAAUGAAACCCACUGUUGGUGGUUCAAUCACCUAUAAUGACCAGCCAUACUCCAAGUUCUUGAAAAGCAGAAUAGGAUUCGUAACUCAGGACGAUGUCUUAUUUCCUCACCUUACCGUGAAAGAGACUCUGACUUAUGCGGCUCUCCUACGACUUCCGAAAUCGUUGACAAGAGAGGAAAAGGAAAAACGGGCAAUGGAUGUCAUCUAUGAGCUAGGCUUGGAGAGGUGUCAGGACACAAUGAUCGGCGGUUCCUUUGUUCGUGGAGUAUCAGGUGGAGAGAGGAAGAGAGUCUGCAUAGGCAACGAAAUCAUAAUCAAUCCUUCUCUUCUGUUUCUCGAUGAACCGACCUCCGGAUUGGAUUCCACAACCGCAUUGAGGAUCGUUCAGAUGUUACAAGACAUAGCGGAGGCCGGGAAGACGGUGGUGACUACGAUACACCAGCCAUCGAGCAGGCUCUUCCACAAAUUCGACAAGCUGAUCCUGCUAGGGAAAGGGAGUUUACUCUACUUCGGCAAAGCAUCAGAAGUGAUGAUUUACUUCUCAUCAAUAGGAUGUUCUCCUUUAAUCGCCAUGAAUCCCGCAGAAUUCUUGCUAGACCUAGCAAAUGGGAACGUUAACGACGUUUCUGUGCCAUCAGAACUAGAGGAUAGAGUACAGAUGGAGAAUGCAGAAACUCAGACAAGGAAUGGGAAGCCAUCUCCAACCGAUGUUCACGAGUAUCUAGUGGAGGCCUAUGAGACGCGGGUAGCGGAGAGCGAGAAGAAGAAGCUCAUGGCUGCGCUCCCGCUGGACGAAAUGCUCAAGUCGAAGGUGUCUUCACCCAAGCGGAACUGGGGAGCGAGCUGGUGGCGACAAUACUCUAUCUUGUUCUGCAGAGGGAUCAAAGAGCGACGGCACGAGUACUUCAGCUGGUUAAGGGUAACACAAGUCCUAUCUACUGCAAUUAUUCUGGGACUGCUCUGGUGGAGAUCGGACAGCAGUAGCCCCAAGGGCCUUCAGGAUCAGGCGGGGCUGCUUUUCUUCAUCGCCGUCUUCUGGGGAUUUUUCCCGGUCUUCACGGCCAUCUUCACGUUUCCUCAAGAGAGAGCGAUGCUGAGCAAGGAGCGAGCGGCUGAUAUGUACAGGCUCAGCGCGUAUUUCUUGGCUAGGACCAUGAGCGACCUCCCGCUAGACCUGAUACUCCCCAUACUUUUCCUGGUGGUCGUUUAUUUCAUGGCGGGCCUCACGCUGGAUGCGGGGUCCUUUUUCCUGAGCUUGCUGGCAGUCUUCCUGUGCAUAGUCGCUGCUCAGGGACUGGGACUAGCUAUCGGGGCGACAUUAAUGGACAUGAAGAGGGCGACCACAUUGGCCUCGGUGACAGUCAUGACCUUCAUGCUCGCUGGAGGGUACUUUGUUAAGGAAGUUCCAGUGUUCGUGUCCUGGAUCCGCUACAUGUCUUUCAACUACCACACUUACAAGCUUCUCAUCAAGAUACAGUACAAGCACAAAUUAUCGAGCGUAAACGGGAUGAUCAUAGACGAUGGUCUGAAGGAAGUGACUGCGUUGGUGAUUAUGGUUUUUGGUUAUCGCCUUCUGGCAUACAUUUCAUUGCGAAGAAUGAAACUGCCAUCGGCAGCUUGAGAUGAACCUGGAACAAAUUUCUCCAGGCAUAACAAAAAAUGCAGAGAAUCUGGAGAACCCCUCCAAUGCUCCAAGAGAUUUUGGGAAGGAUUAGGAGUUUCCAGGUUCGACUAAGGUCACCACCGGCAAAGACGACCAGUUGCAGGCGCUGAGGGUAUAUCCAUGCCUCAUAAAUUGUGAAAUAGCACCAUCAAGAACAUCCAUUAAAGCACAUUUUGGACCUAAUUACAGACACCUGUAGCUCGGUUUUGUUGGUUCUUAGUUCAGUUAAAAGUUGCGACGGCAUGAUGAUGAUCAAGAUCGACCAUUUUCUCCCAUAAAAA